CAGCAAAUCGUCCAUUACGCACGGGUGCGCUGCCACUCAUUUUUGCAAUUUAACAAAAUUCAGUUUCGAGAGAAGAACUUGUACAGUGAAGGUGACUAUACACAUUUUGGAAUGUUGCUAACGCAGUGCAACAUCCGACGAUGUUGGAAAGAAUGCAAAGAAAUCAGUAGUUUUGAUGCGCGGUCCAAAGUUGUUGAUUCCUUCAACAGGAAGCACAGAUACGUGAAGCGCGGUAUCUAUUUGCUACCAACGAAGUUUGGCGUUGCAUUCGGCCGCAAACAUUUGAACCAAGCUGGCGCACUCGUACAUAUUUACAAAGAUGGUAGCAUACUUGUGUCACAUUCAGGCAUGGAAAUGGGACAAGGGCUGCACACAAAAAUCAUCCAGAUAACGGCACGCUGCUUGGGUGUUGACAUAUCGAAAGUGCACAUUCAAGAUACGUCCACGGACAAAGUUCCCAAUACUAGUCCAACAGCAGCUAGUGCCGGAAGUGAUCUCAAUGGACUUGCUGUGCAGGUCAGUCAGUAG